AUGGCGAUGGCGAUGGCGAUGGCAGUGGCGACAGCGAGACAUCAGCUCCGGCUUGGGCUGGGACCCGGUGGUGGCGGCGGCGGCGGGCGGGCGGACAGGGGCGCGAGGGGAGAGCGGAAGGGCCAGCCGGGGCUGCCUGAGAGGCGCAAGCAACUCCGACUCGGCCUCCUCUUCCUCCUUGGGACAAACUGUCGAAGCAGCAACAGGAAGAGCCUGGUGGUGGGGACGCCUUCGCCCACCCUCUCCCGCCCUCUGUCUCCCCUUUCGGUGCCAACAGCUGGGAGCAGUCCUGUAGAGAGCCCUCGCAACUUCCCCACCGGGGCUGCAGCCAGUUUCCCGUUUGCUCGCAGCCAUGUUCCUCGAACUGACAGGGCUGACGGCAGAAGGUGGUCGCUGGCUUCUCUGCCCUCCUCUGGCUAUGGGACCAACACCCCCAGCUCCACUGUCUCGUCCUCCUCCUCCUCUUCCCAAGAACGGCUUCAUCAGCUGCCCUAUCAACCCACCCCUGACGAGCUGCACUUCCUGUCCAAGCACUUCCGGAGCACGGAGAGUGUCACUGGGGAGGAUGGACGCCUCUCGCCAUACCUGCGCCCUCGAUCCCGGAGCUUGAGCCCCAGGCGGUCAAGUGGGAUUUUUGACAAUGAGGUCGUAAUGAUGAAUCAUGUUUACAAGGAGCGGUUCCCGAAGGCCACAGCCCAGAUGGAAGAGCGCCUGGCAGAGACGAUUGCCACCUUCUCCCCCAGCGUCACCCUGCCCUUGGCCGACGGCGUCCUGGGCUUCAUCCACCACCAGAUCAUCGAGCUGGCCCGCGACUGCCUGGCCAAGUCCCACCGGGCGCUCAUCACCUCCCGCUACUUCAUGGAGCUGCAGGAGAAGCUGGAGAAGAUGCUGAGAGACUGAGUGCAGGAGCGGUCCGAGAGCGAGGAGGUGCGCUUCAUCGAGCAGCUGGCCAGGAAGCUGCUAAUCAUCAUCUCCCGGCCGGCUCGCCUGCUGGAGUGUUUGGAGUUUGACCCAGAGGAGUUCUACCACCUCCUGGAGGAAGCGGAAGGACACGCCAAAGUGGGGCAAGGGAUCAAGACCGACAUCCCCCGCUACAUCAUCAGUCAACUUGGACUCGCCAAAGACCCCCUGGAGGAAAUGGUUCAGCUCGGCCAGAUUGACUCACACACUGGGGCAGGCACAGAUCAGAGCACUUACCCCCCCCCCCCCCCCCCAACGACCCGGACCGCCGCCCCCGUGCCUCGGAGGAAGCCCUGCGAGAGUGAUUUUGAAACCAUCAAGUUGAUCAGUAACGGAGCAUAUGGGGCUGUCUACCUGGUGCGACACAAGGAGACCCGCCAGCGCUUCGCCAUCAAGAAAAUCAACAAGCAGAACCUAGUGCUGCGGAACCAGAUCCAGCAGGUCUUCGUGGAGCGUGACAUCCUGACCUUUGCAGAGAACCCCUUCGUGGUGAGCAUGUUCUGCUCCUUUGAAACACGGCGCCACCUCUGCAUGGUCUUAGAGUACGUGGAAGGUGGGGACUGUGCUACGCUGCUGAAAAACAUGGGCCCCUUGCCUGUGGACAUGGCCCGGAUGUACUUUGCAGAGACGGUGCUGGCCCUGGAAUACCUCCACAAUUACGGCAUCGUCCACCGAGAUCUUAAGCCAGACAAUCUGCUGAUCACCUCGAUGGGCCACAUUAAGCUGACCGACUUUGGGCUCUCCAAGAUCGGUUUGAUGAACAUGACCACAAAUCUCUACGAGGGCCACGUUGAAAAGGACAUGCGGGAGUUUGUGGACAAGCAGGUGUGCGGCACUCCUGAGUACAUCGCCCCAGAGGUGAUCCUGAUCCAGGGCUAUGGCAAACCGGUGGAUUGGUGGGCCAUGGGGAUCAUUUUGUACGAGUUUUUGGUGGGCUGCGUACCGUUCUUCGGCGACACCCCAGAGGAGCUCUUCGGACAGGUGAUCAGCGAUGAGAUCCUGUGGCCAGAAGGUGAUGAGCAGCUCCCUGCAGACGCGCAAGACUUGAUCACGCAGCUUUUGCGGCAAUGCCCACUGGAGCGCUUAGGCACAGGAGGGGCCCGCGAAGUGAAGCAGCACCCAUUCUUCCGCGGCCUGGACUGGAACGGGCUGCUCCGGCAGAAGGCAGAGUUCAUUCCCCAGCUGGAGGCAGAGGAUGACACAAGCUACUUUGACAGUCGUUUGGAGCGCUAUCGGCACCUGGGCUCUGAGGAGGAGGAGACCAACGACGACGAGUCCUCCCUGGAGAUCCGCCAGUUCUCUUCUUGCUCCCACCGUUUCAGCAAGGUUUACAGCAGUUCCGAGUACUUGGCCAGUCCCUCCGGCCUCAGCUGCCCAGCGGCUGAGCAGAGCCAGGACAAUGCCAAGGCCAAAGGGGCCGAAAUGGGGGAUCGCAGCUCGGGAGACGAGGAGAAGGGCCGGACCACGGCUCCAGAGGCCAGGCUCCGUGCGUGGACAUCCUGUGGCGCCACCUUCCACACCUUCCGGCAGGAGCGCAGCCACAGUCCCGCCACCCUGAGCAGCACAUGUAGCCUGGAGGCGAUGCCCAAAUUUGCCUUCUCCGAGCAGGAGAGCCCUUGCCGUGGCCAAGCAAACUGGGACCGUCCUCUGUUUGUGGUUGGGGACACUGAGGCGGCUCCGCCGAGAGCACCGACUUCUCCAGCUGACCUGUUUGGCUUGAACUGCGCCCGCCUACGGAGCAACAGCACAGGCACCAAAAGCUCCACCCCGCAAAGCCUGGAACCCGAGAGCGGUCGCCGGCUGGGAGGCCACAAAGAUGCUCCGGGGAAGCACCGUGUCUCGCCAGGGGGCAGGGUGCCCAAGUCCGCCUCGGUCUCUGCCCUCUCCCUCAUCAUCUGCUCAGAUGACUCUGGCGGGGGCGCCCUCAUGAGUCCCAUCUCACCCCGCUCCCUCUCCUCUAACCCGUCUUCCCGAGACUCCUCCCCAAGCCGCGACUCCUUGCUCGGUGGCGCCAACCUGCGCCCCCCCAUCGUGAUCCACAGCUCAGGCAAGAAGUAUGGCUUCAACUUGCGUGCCAUUCGAGUCUACAUGGGCGACAGUGAUGUCUACGUCAUGCACCACAUGGUUUGGAGCGUAGAGGAAGGCAGCCCUGCUCAGGAGGCCGGGCUGAGGGCAGGGGAUCUCAUCACCCACGUGAAUGGGGAGCCGGUUCAGGGCCUGGUGCACACGGACGUCGUGGAGCUGCUGCUGAAGAGUGGUAACAAGGUGUCGCUGAGGACCACAGCCCUGGAGAACACCAGCAUCAAAGUGGGCCCUGCACGGAAGAACAGCUCCAAGACGCGGAUGGCCCGCAGGAGCAAGAAGAGCCGCAAACGGGACAGCCAAGACCGGAGGAAAUGCCUCUUCAAGAAGAUCUCCAAGCAAACGUCUGUCCUGCACACCAGCCGCAGUUACUCCUCGGGGCUCCAUCACUCGCUGUCAUCCAGCGAGAGCCUCCCAGGGUCUCCUACACACAGCCUGUCACCUGGGCCCACCACCCCCUGCUGCAGCCCUGCCCCAGACAUUCCCCCAGAUUCUGCUUCCCCGCAAAGCACUUCCCCUUCCUCCAGCACUCCCACCUCUCCGGCAGGACACAUCCGGCCAAGCUCCCUUCACGGACUGGCCCCAAAGCUCAGCAGCCAACGGUACAAGGUCGGGCGGCGCAAGUCAACCAGCAGCAUUCCCCCGUCCCCGCUCGCCUGCACCCCUUCCUCUGCCCCACAGCCCCCGUCUCCCCAAAGGUCGCCGUCACCACUGCCCCUGUUCACCAAGAGCACCCAGGCUUUCCAAGGCAAGACUCUGUCCCCACCAACAAUCGUGCGGCAAACAUCCCGGCCCCGCAGCACUGAAGGGUCUCGCUCCCCGUUGCUCAAGCGGGUCCAGUCUGCUGAAAAAAUCCCCACCUGCCUGGCCGAGAAGAAGAACGCUGGGACCCGCAAGCUCAUCCUGGAGAUGCCCGUCCCAGGAGAGGAGAGCUGCGAAGACCCGAAUGAUGCCCAGAGAGAGGCUGGUGCUCCUUGCCACUGUGACGGGCCCGGGGACCGUCACGAGCGGGGCCAGGAGGUCGUGGUCAUGCGGCGGCUGAACUUGUCCGAGCGCCGAGACUCCUUCAAGAAGCAGGAAGCUGUCCAGGAGGUGAGCUUCGAUGAGCUGGAGCUGGGGGCUGUGGCCGAAGACCAGGCCAAGGGCAAGCCUGCUGCCUGGCGCCACGGUUCGUGCCUGGCUUCCUGGGUGGAGGACAAGCCUUGCGGCUCAGCCCUUGCCUCGGGCCCCAAGCCGUUGUCGGUGCCCCACAUAGCAGUGCAAGGGGACGAGCCAGUGGGUGGCACAGCCGUGUGGGAAUGCCAGGGCUCCUCCUACCCUGUGCGGCUGGAGGCCCGCGUGUACAUUGAGCAAGAGGACGGGACGACGGCCGUUGAGUACAAAAGCGUCUCCUCCCAGCGCCAGGGGGCCCAGGAACAGAGGGAAUUCUCAGCCCUGCCCGGAGCCGGGCCAAGGACAAGCCGUGGGGGGGAGGCAGAGGACUCACCCCCAGCAUACCCCAGGAGCCACGCAUGGAGGAGUUUGGAAGCCUGGCAGCAGGAGUCCGCCAGAGCCGGGCUAGGCCAGAAAGAGGACCUUGACCAAGCCCGGAGCAAAGCCACGGAGGGAGAAUAG